GGGGGCUGAGACUAGCCCCCUGCGGCUGAGCUCAGAGGGCACCGGGACCUGCAGGAGACAGCCACGGGAAGGCCACCGGUCCCCGAGCCCCAGUCGCAGGAGGGUCGGAGGGAGAGAGCACCCCCGCGGAGAGCGGGAGCCCGGGCUGACCUCAUGGGGCCCCUUCGGCCAGGCCUCGGCUGCGUCCUGCUCCUCCUGCUGCUGUCCGCCUCCCGGGCCCCCGCCGGGCUCUCCGCAGCCCAGGCCCUGAGCCCCCCGGGAGGGCCUGAGCAUGGAAGCCUGCCCCACCACGCGGUGCCCGGGCCCGGGGACCCCGGGGAGGACGACGGCUCCUCGGCAGAGUCUGGCCUCUGGGCGGCCCGGCGCGAGCACAGCCACCCCGAGGACAAGCCUGUGGACCACGGGCACUGGGGUGGAGAAGAGGAGGAGGACGAUUCCCGGGAGCAGAGGCCCGGGAGCCGGGAGGCCGAGGGCGACCGGAGCGCCUCAGAGGAGCGGGAGGACGAGGAGCCCGACUCCACAGAGCUCGGCCGCCAGGCUUUUGGGGACCCGGGGCCCGAGGAGCGAGAAGCAGCGUGGGGCCCCCCGGUGAGCCCCAGGGAUGACUCCAUGGAAGAGGAGCCCCUUAGUCCAGUCUCUGCCAAGUACCCAGGGGAGGAGGAGGAAGAGGAGGAGGAAGACUCUGUCCCUGAGCCCAGCCACUGGGGAAGUCCCGGGGGCAGCAGAGGGCCCCAAGGGCAGGAGGAGGAGGGGGAGGAGGAAGGGGAGGAGGAGGAGGAGGAGGCCGCUCACUGGAGGGGACCCCAGAGUCCAGCAGAGUCAGAAGAGGAGGCUGGGCCCACGGACAGCGAGGAGGAGCCCACAAGAGGAGACAGCAGCACCUUUGCUGAUCAGGACCAGGCACUGCCAGGCCUUCAGGAGGAGGAGGAGAAGGAGAAGGAGGAGGAGGAGGAAGAGCACUGGGGAGGCCUGAGGCUCCGAGCCCAAGAGGAGGAGGAGGAGGAGGAGGAAGAGGAGGAAGAGCACUGGCGAGGCCUGAGGCUCCGAGCCCAAGAGGAGGAGGAGGAGGAGGAGGAGCAGCCCUGGGGAGGCCUGAGUCUCAGAGCCCAGGAGGAGGAGGAGGAGGAGGAAGAAGGCCAUGAGAGAAGCCGGCUGGAGACUGAGCAGUUGGAAGUCUCCGCUGUGGAGGAGCCCCUGAGGGCCGAGGUCCCCCGUGAGGACCAAGGAGAGGAAGCUGAGGCUGGUGCCCCCGAGGCCAGAGACAGCUGGGAAGAAGAGGGCAGCAGGGCCCCCGGAGAGGAGAGCCUGGAAGAGCACAGCGAGGAGCAGGAGGAGCAGGAGGAGGAGGCCCGAGGCCAGGGCCCGAAGGAGGACGAGGAAGAGGAGUACCAGCCAGGCUCCCUGUGCCACUACUGCGGCUUCUGCAAGAGAUGUACUGAGUGCGAGUCCUGCCGCUGCGACGAGGAAAACAUGGGAGAGCACUGCGAUCACUGCAAGCACUGCCAGUUUUGCUAUCUCUGCCCUCUGCUCUGCGAGACCGUCUGUGCCCCUGGAGGCUAUGUGGACCACUUCUCAUCCAACCUGUUUCAGGCCCUGGCCGAGAUGGUGGAAACCCCAGAACCGUGAUGAAAUUUUGGACAAACCGCAACCCCCACUCCUGGCUCCACCCGCUUAUUUAUUUUGAAUAAACCCGAUCCUUGCA